AUGGACCAGUCCUUCUGCCAUCUUCAAUCCUGUGACCCCAAGGGUGCAGGACCAGGUUUACAUGAUACCAUGCAACCACCCCAAAAUCCCCUAUCAUUUGGAUUACAGCCUCCAAUGCCAUUUUCAGUCCAGGGACUGAGCCAAGCAGCUUUGGUCCAAGACUUCCUAUCAGGCACAGGAUUUCCAUCUCCACUGGACCACCAAACAACACCUGCAAGUUCAUGUGUGGGCCCACAAUUGCCAGUUUCAUCUCCUAAGGGUCAACCAAUGCUGACCCAAGAAGCACAAUUGCUAUCAAGUGCAGGCCAUCCUGUGAUGCAGCCUUCAAGUGGUCAGUCAACAUCAUUGCAGGCUUCAUUACCACCAUUUCCUGGAGUUCAUAUUCCUCAGGCCCCACCAAAAGAGAUUCAACUAUUACCAAUGCCUCAUUCUGAACCAUGUGCUCAAGAACGGGCGGAUAACCACAAGGAGCAGAAACCAGUUAGGAAGCAGCAGCAGCAGCCACCUGCCAAGAACAUAUCCGCAGUAAAUGGUGAUGGUGGAGCUACAGUGGCUGCAGCUAAACUGAGAUUCCUUGAGAUGACUCUCAGUGAUGUGCCACAGGAUGCCCUGGAACUCAAGAGUAGGAUACCUGCACACAUUGAGAAAGGAAAAGAAGGACGACGCAUCGCACUACGUACCACCCACUUUCCAAUCAAGCUGGACCAUGGUCUUAAAGUCAUCUACCAUUAUGAUGUGGACAUCAGGCCUGAUGUCUCAAUAGAUUCCAAAAGAGAGGCCAUUGUCAAUUUAUCUCACUCUGGGAUGACCCCCACCAAGAUUGCCAAGGCCCUGAACAUCCACGGGGUCACUGUGUACAAGGUCCUCAACAAAUUUAAGGCCAUGGGCAGUGUCAAGAGGAAGCCUGGAAGUGGAAGGCCAUGUUCAGCAAGGACUCCGGCGAUGAUCAGAGCCAUAAAAGGAAAAAUCCAGCAUAACCCCAUCCACUCCAUGAGGAGGAUGGCCAAGGAGAUGAACGUGAGGGAGAGGACAGUCAGGAGGAUUGUCAAAGAGGAUUUGGGAGCCAAGUCAAGGGCCUGCACCAAAGAGUUUGUUGCUCUUCCUAGAGAUGUGAUGAGGCAGGUGUUUGAAACCAGGCCAGAAUUCCAAGGCCAUUACCCUGCUUAUGAUGGCAACAAGAAUUUCUUCAUCAAAAAACGAAUACAAGUUCCAUCUGAUGUUCUUUUGAUUAACAUAAUGGACCCUGAAGAAGAACGCAUGAGGGAAUUCAAUGUAAGGAUGCAAUAUGCAGCAGAUGUAGACAUGGAAGCACUGUUCACAUAUUUGAAUGAAGGAACAUCCCUGGAUCGCCCUCAGACUGCACUUCAGGCCCUUGACAUCAUCUUCAGACAAGCUCCUGAGUAUGUUCCAGCUGCAAGGUCCUAUUUCUCUUCUACAGAAAGAACUGUGCAUCUUGGAAGUGGAGUAGAAUGUUGGCAAGGCUUCUACACCUCAGUUCGACCAGGAUGGACCUGCUAUUUCCUCAACAUGGAUGGUGUAAAAAUAUGGUACACCCAGGGACCUAAAGGAGCAAAGAGACGCUAUUCCAUCAAUGAAGUGAGGAGAGCACGAGCUGACAAGGAAGUUUUCAAUUGUGAUGGGAAGCCAAUGACAGUGGCUGAGUUCUGGCGCAGUACAUACGGACAAGGUCUCAAGUAUCCCAACCUCCCUUGUGUUUGGGUGGGCUCCAAGAAAAAGACUAUCUACAUCCCUGUUGAGGUCUGUAACGUUGUGAGAGGACAGCAAGCCAGGAAGCUUGAUGAGGAGCAGGCAGCAGCUAUGAUCAAGCACACAGCCAAGCCACCAGCAGAGCGCCGGAUGAUUGUUGAGAGAUCUAUGAGACAGUCAGGUAUUCAAGGGAAUGAACACCUGGAAUAUUUUGGUAUCUCUGUGGCUGAUCAACUCCAGAAAGUCUCAGGAAGACUCCUGGAUCCCCCAGAGUUGAAAUAUAAGGACUCCAAACUUGUAAAGCCAAAAGAAGGUAAAUGGGACAUGCGGAAUUGCAAAUUUGUGGAUGGCAAGAGUCUCAGCAAAUGGAUCCUUGUUUCUUUUUGUCCUUACUUUGACCAGAAAGCAGCCUGGCUCUUCGUAGAAGCUGUCAUAAGGAUGGGACAGGAAGUGGGAAUGAACAUUCAGGACCCAAUUAACAUCAUUAUGUGUAAUAAUCGAAUGGACACAAUGAAGAGACUGUUUUCUGACUUCAAGGAUGUUGAGCUCAUUUGGUUUGUCUUUUCCAAGAAAGGAGACCCUGUUUACAUGGAUAUGAAGAGACUGGGAGAGAAUGAGUUUGGGGUGAUGACCCAGGGGACAGCCCUGAGGAAUGCUAAAGGGAGAGAAACUGGACAGGGUCCUAACCCUCAGGUGAUUCGCAAUCUCCUCUUCAAAGUCAACUCCAAACUUGGUGGAAGGAAUGUUGAAAUUAACAACAUCUGUGAUCUCAGGCCUGGGAUAUUCAAAGAGCCAGUGAUGGUAAUUGGUGCAGAUGUGACUCAUCCUGCACCCGGUCAGAGAGACGUUAAGCCCUCCAUUGCUGCUGUCCUUGGGAGUCUGGAUGUGAAUGCAACCCUGUAUUCACAAGUGAUUCAGGUUCAGCCACCCACCACAGAGACUAUUGACAACUUCAAAGAUAUUGUCAAGAAACUCCUGCUCAGCUUCUAUUCCUUCAAUAGAAAGCAGAAGCCAAGAAGAAUCAUAUACUUUCGAGAUGGAGUGUCAGAGGGCCAGUUCGAGAUGGUGAUGAUGAUAGAGAUGUACAGAAUCCAACAGGCAUGCAAGGAACUGGAAUCUGGCUAUGAGCCAAAAAUGACAAUGGUGGUGGUUCAAAAGCGUCACCAUACUAGGUUCUUCCCUGAGAAUCCCAAAGAUGGAACUGGGAAGAUGAAGAAUGUCCCACCUGGCACAGUUGUUGAUGACAUCAUCACCCAUCCCACUGAGUUCGAUUAUUACCUUUGCAGCCAUGAAGGGAUACAGGGAACGAGUAAACCGACCCACUAUCAUGUGCUCUAUGAUGACAAUAACUUCUCAUCUGAUGAGAUCCAGAAGCUGAGUUACUUUUUGUGUCACACCUAUGCACGAUGCACAAGAAGUGUGUCAUAUCCUACUCCAGUCUAUUAUGCUCACCUGGCAGCAUUCCGUGCUCGCUCCCAUCAUGACAGCUACUUACAUCAAGAAGGAAACCAGAUUGGAGAUGCAGACCUGGAACAUGCUGCAAGGGCAGUCUCCAUCCAUAAAAACAUCAGAGCUGGCAUGAUGUAUUAUGUGUGAUUUUUCUUCAUCUUGGGAAAUUUUUGUUGCUCUAUGGACGCUCCUUCGCUGUGCAUGUGCUGUGUGAUCAUAUGUUUUCAUUAUAAAAUGUUUUGGUGCUGUUGUGUUGCAAAUCGUUAUAUUUUGGAAAGAGAAUUGUUAUAUUUUAUGUGAUAACCUGAAAUGAAUGGGAAAGAAGAGUGUAAAUUUUCCUCUGUGAGAUUCUCGAAUGUGGUUGUUAUAAUCCAAACCCAGUGCUGUGUUUGAUACUGUCCGUUUCUGCUUGAGCUAACACUAUUUUCUGGCCUCCUUUUCCUUUUCCUGGACUUUUCAGAUUUUUAUGGAGCAUGAAUCCAUGCAGAGGAGAG